AUGGCAAUGAUGAUGAACCCUCUCCACGGGUGGCUGAGCACUCCCUUUCCCAUAUAUGUUUUGGUAUUUUCAUGCUUGGCUUAUCUCGUUGCACGGCCAUUGUUGAACUUUAUUCACGAAUACUUUCCGGCUGAUGCGGCACAAAAGAUAUCCCCUUCGGCCUCCGGUCUUGAUGGAGCGGAGAAAGGAAAUUUGAAAAGGGAGGGCAUGACGGAUGAUGAUGUCUUUCAACUGGAAAAGAGAGCAUUUUUCAGCAAGGUCGGCCCAUUCAUCGGCACAUUCCGGACAUGGUUGUUCGUUUGCCAUCGCAGCAGAUUUAAGACACCGGGAGAUUAUCAUGCCUUUGACGUUGCUGGAAUUUCUUUCUUUGUUGUUCUCGGCAAGGACUCGGGACUUCGAGCAUUUCACAACGUCUGUCGGCACCGGGCCUAUACGGUGGUGCGGAAGCCGUGCGGGACUUCUACACGUUUCUCGUGCAAGUAUCAUGGAUGGCAAUAUGAUGACCGAGGUCGGUUGGUCAAGGCGCCCAAGUUCGACGAGUCUCCCGGAUUUGUGCAUGAAGAAAAUGGUCUGUUCGAAGUAAAAUCGAUUGUGACGCGAGAGGGGCUGGUGUUUGUCAAUUUUGACGCGAGUACCAUGAACCUCCCUUUCAACAAUGUGAAAUCUCACGUUGAUCUGGGGAGCUGUUCUUGGGUAGAUGGAAUGAAUGUGACGUGUGCGACCAAUUGGAAGGAUAUUGCAAAUGAAUUCUCCAGCCAGUCUCAAUGGUCACAGAACCCUUUUGGUUGGUUCUCUCGGCUUCAACGGCCCACGAUGGUCAGACUUCUGGGACCACUCAGCAUCAUAAAAGAGCUCCGUCCAGAUCUCUGGUGCACCAUGACACUAUUGCCAAGGUCAUGCUCGGAGGUCAUGGUCCGAUGUGACAUUUAUGCCAAAGAAGGAUACACGGCUCCAGCAAACACGGUCGAUAGAUGGAAGUGGAUGUUGGAGAAAGAGGUGAUCAACCUGUCGAAACCAGUGGUCUCGAAGACUUCGACCAAUUCGUACUUUGCAUAUCAAUGUGGAGGUCGAUCGAUUGAUUUGUUUGCCAUCCUGACUCAACACCAGCGGAAUGAGAAGAUGGCCAAGAGGAAACUGCAACCGGCAAUCCGAGUAACCGGAACCGCCGACAUUGACCAGGAGGCAGCAGCUUUGUGCGACGCAAUCGACGGAACAGUGGACGGUCCCCAACUUGAGAAAUGUUCAAGAACAUCAAGCUUUCCCCAGACACUCGAAUGGUAA